AUGCGUCCAGUCAUCAUCGGGCUGCCCUUUGCUGCCCUUGGUCUUGCCAGGCCCUUCAGCUUGAUGGGCAGUAUGGCCGGGGCAGCCAAGGGUGUCGAGGGUGCUGCCAAAGGCUCGAUAGAAGCUGUCGGCAAUGCGGCCGGGACCGUUACCAAAGGCAUGACCGACACCCUCUGCGACAUCUCGGUUGGCGGCGUUGUACAGACGUCGACAGGUCCCAUGUGUGCUGCUGUUGAGAGCGCUGCAAAGGACUCGAUGAAUGCAGUUGGCGACGCUGCCCAAAACGUUGCCAAGGGCACGGCACAACUCGCCGACGAUACCGUCGAGGCAGCAAAGAGCAUGGCAAAGGGCACGGCAGACAUGGCAGGCGAAGCCGUCGACGCGGCCGGGAACAUGGUCAAGGGCUCGGUAGACACCGUGAGCAAUGCUAUGAAGAGCACGACCGACACCCUCUGCGACAUCACCGUUGGCGGCGACGUCAAUGUUUCGACGGGCGAUCUUUGCAAAGCUGCCCAGAGCGCAGCCGGGAACAUGGUAAAGGGGUCGGUGGAGGCCGUUAGUCAAGCUGCCGGGACAGCAGGAAACAUGGCCAAGGGCGCGGCAGAUGCUGUUGGAGAAGCGGCUGGGACGGCCGGGAACAUGAUGAAGGGCGCGGCGGAUGCUGUUGGUGAAGCCGCUGGUGCAGCCGGAAACAUGGCCAAGGGCGCGGCUGAUGCUGUUGGUAAUGCCGCUGGUACGGCCGGGAACAUGGUCAAGGGCGCCGCAGAUGCUGUUGGUAAUGCUGCUGGGACCAUGGCGAAAAGCACGACUGACACUCUCUGCGACAUUACGGUUGGCGGCGACGUGAAUGUUUCGACGGGUAGCCUCUGCAAGGCUGUUGGCGCUGCUGUUUAG